UCGAGGCGAACUUUGAUUUACCAGGCACUCUGAUGGAGACGAAGAACAGAAACCCCUACGUAUCUGGAUGAAUAGCGGGACGUUUAAAGAAUGUAAGAUGUGCAGCCGAGGGAUUCAGUUAAAUGUGUAGAUCAAUUUCAGUUUGUCCGAAUAUCCCCUGGUCUGUUCCAGCGUGACUGUACACUUCAAUGACUUCAGUAAGAAGAUAUUCUUAUCCUCAUACCUGUGUGGGAUUUUCAGCCGAAAUGGGAGUCGUGAUGUCUGCUGUACUUCGUUCCUUGUUUCUAGUUCUGCUGGGCCAGAUGAGCGUGGGCGCCCAGACGGAGAUGAAGAAGGUCGUCGGGGACAACGCCACGUUGCCGUGCCACCACCAGUUCUGGCAGGCGGAGGACACAAACCUGGACAUCGAGUGGCUGCUGCAGAAGCCCAACUCCAAGCAGAGAGUGGUCUUCACCUACUUCGGGGCCAGGGUGUACGACCCCAGCGGGUACGACCCCGGCCGGCUGGCCUUCGCGGGAGACUACAUGAAAGGGGACGCCUCGCUGCUCAUCAACGACCUCAUGCUGACGGACUCCGGGGAGUACAGCUGCAAGGUGAAGACCCGGGGGAAGUACCAGUGGGCCUCCGUCAACCUCAUAGUCCUGGUCAAGCCCUCCAAGCCCCGGUGCUGGAUGGAGGGUCGUCUCCUGGAGGGCAGUGACGUGAAGCUGAGCUGCCGGUCCGCUGAUGGGUCCGAUCCCAUCCAGUACAAGUGGGAGCGGGUUCUGGACAAGGGUCGCCUCAUGGGCAGACUGCCGCCCCUGGCACUCAUCGAUUUGAAGAACCCUGAGAUCGUCACCCUCAGGAACCUGACUCACGAUAGCGCGGGCGUCUACAAGUGCACGGCGAGCAACGACGUGGGCGAGGAGAGCUGCAUCAUCGAGGUCACCAUGCACUAUGUCCGUGGAGUGGGCGUGGUGGCGGGUGCCGUGGUGGGCGUGUCCUUCGGGGUCCUCCUCAUCAUCCUCAUCGUGUGGCUCGUCCUUCGCAAGAAGGAGAAGAAGAAGUACGAGGAAGAGGAGACGCCCAAUGAGAUCAGAGAGGACGCGGAGGCCCCCAAGGCCAAGCUGGUGAAGCCCAACUCCCUCUCCUCCUCCCGGUCCGGGAGCUCCCGCUCGGGAACCUCCUCCACGCAGUCCAUGGUGCACACCAGCGCCCCCCGCGGGCCCCGGCCCCGCCCGCCCGCCCCGGCCGCGCUCAAGGAGAACGGGCAGCCCCCCGGCUUCCCCCAGACCCCCCCGGCCUACACGCAGGUGGCCCCCAAGACCCCCGAGCCCGCAGGAACCCCAAAACUCAGCCCCGGGAACCUGACCAGGAUGGGGGCCACGCCCGUCAUGAUCCCAGCCCAGACCAAGGCCUUCCAGACUGUGUAG